AUGGUGGAUAGCGAUAUCGAUUCGGAUCGACCUUGUCGCAUCCUCGCGGUCUCAAUCUUCUGCUUGUUUCUGACUUGGGUUGCGGUUCCACUACGCAUCUACUCGAAACUCUGCUUGACCCGCGUGUUUACUCUCGACGACAAGCUGUUGUGCUUGGUACAAGCCGUGUUCACGACGUAUCUUAUCACAUCAAUAAUGGGCGUUGCCCAUGGUCAGGGUCGUGAUGCGACGGAGAUAUCUGUAGAAGACAGAAGAAUAGCACUCCAAUAUUUCUUCUGCGCCGAGAUUCUCUACAUAACAACGACCAUACUAUUGAAACUUUGCGUUGGCAUCCUCCUUCUGCGCAUCGCCAUCGUUCCGGCACACAUCCGGAUCUUGCGCAUCCUUCUAUUCGCGACGAUCCUUUUCGGCGUUUUGUAUCUCCUCCUCGUCUUCUUUCAGUGCCGGCCUGUCAGCACAUUUUGGGACGAAAGCCCCCGCGCGCCGGGCCGUUGUUUCGAAAAGAGCGUCGUGCUCGGUAGCACUUUCACGGCGGCAAUAUUGAACUGCAUUGCGGACAGUACAUUUGGUCUUCUGCCGCUGUUUAUUGUCUGGUCGCUUCAUAUGCGCAGAAGAACAAAAGUACUAGUAACUGUCCUGCUUAGUUUCGCAUCCAUUGCGAGCAUCGCAACAAUCAUUCGCGCAGUCACUAUACCAUCCAUCUUGAGCGAAGAAAACUUUCUCCGUGAUACCACAUACUUGGCUGUCUGGAGCGCCAUCGAACCUGGAAUAGGCAUAUCAGCAGCUUGCGCGCCGGCUUUUCCUCCCAUUUUCCGACAGCUGUUCGGGAACAAACAGCGACAGGGGCACGAUAGGGGCAUCUGGCGGACAAGAUCGCUCCCCACGGUUGCGACGACAACAACGACAACGACAAGAACGUCGAAAAAGUGGUUCAGGGAUAGCAAAUCCCGUAUUGAAGAAUCAUCAAGAGAAAUGCCUUGUCUGCGGUUUGACAAUGUUGCAUCGGAAUUCUGGAUCUCAGGACCAGAGUCGCGAAAUCAGACUUUAUGGGCAUCUUCGUUGCCGCACGGACUUUGGUCAGACUCCUUUAUCGACUCCACAUCUACCAAACAUUCGUUGUCAACUGGCGGGUCAAAUUCGAAGCUGCCACAAUUUGGGAUCAUGAAGACAUUGGAGUUCGAACUAUCUUAUGAAGGGCGGGUGUGA